AACAGGCAAAUCCCUCCUUUCUUUGCCUCCAUCUCUGUCCUUCACUUUACUUAUAUGUACAUAACCAUUCUGUGACUAAACUACUUGGGUUCAAGUACUUUACAGAAUGGGACUGGCCAUGAGUUUCAUGGGAAAAGGGCUGCCUUCAACCCAGAUGGUAGGGUUUGUUAUGGGGACACUCUACAAACAAUUUGUGGAAAGAGAUAUUAAGACCUUUGAGGAAUUCCACAUUGCCAUCCUUGAUAUAUUCAGCUCGUUCAACUCAUCGUUGCCCGGCAAGCAUUAUGAUGUACCCUCAAGGAAGAAUGUACAGGAAUGUUUUAGUGGUUGGAAAGAUGCUAAAUCAGAGCCUGAAAGAAAAGAACUUUUCAUUGCCUUCAUGAAGAAGUACGUCCAUCUUAGCAAGUUAGACGAUUCUGUAAUGGUAACAGGAGUAGUAACACCUCCGGCAGCCAUGGUAGCGAAGAAAGCGAUAGAGAAUGUGCCCCAGUUGAAGUUACUCAAAUAUGUACCUGAUGUGGUGUUUGUGCCUGCUGCAACAGUAGCAGCACUUAUUUCUGUCAAGCUUACAAGAAAAAUGUUUGUAGGUGGUUUGGCUACAGCUGUAAAUGAAUCAAGCCAAACCCUAACGUCUUAAUACUUUUUUAGGCUUGAUUCAUUUCUCUUUAUUUUGAGCUUAAAAUCAAAUCUAAAUUUGUAUUCAAGCUUGGUUUGGUCUGUAACAUUUCGAACUGAGCUCGAGGAGCAUACUCAUUUGUUAAUAAAAAUUAAAUAUCUUAAUAUCA